UAUUCAUUGUAUUUAUUAAAGUUGGUUGUUGAACUGUGUAUUAAAAAAAUUAAAAGAAACUCUAAGAUAUGAUAUACGAUCUAUCGAUUAGUCAAUCUAUUGGUAUUUUAACAUUAUUGUUUCAAUUCAAUUAGAAUUUAAUUUAAAAAAACAAAUUAAAAUAAGUAUAUAUAAAAAAUAUUUCAUAUAGUCCACCCUGUUUUUUUAAUACUUCCCAAUAAACCAAAGAACGAUAUGAUAGCGAAAACGGUAUUAGUUUAUAAAGGCGAUUAUGAUAUCAUAUUUUAACAUUGAAAACGAUAUUAUUAUAAUAUCGUUUUUAAAUAUUUUUGUUUCCAAUAAUUAUUUGAAAAAAACUUCAAACAAAAAAAAAAUAAUUUAAAUUCAACAUUUUCAAGCGAAAUAUAGAUAAAAGCUAAUCUAAUAAUAGUUAUUUUUAAUUGUGAUUAAGCUUUGAAUAAUAAUAAUAAACACGGUAAGUAAUCAUCUCAUUUUUGCAAAAACAAUAUUUAUCUUAUGUGUAUGAAGAUUAAAAAUGAAUUGUAUAUGUAUGUACGCAAUUUUUUAUUGAUUAGAAAUAAGAAAAUGCCUAGAGUAGCGGGGAAAAGAGAAAGUAGUGCAAUUUUCAAAUAUUAUACGGAAUAUUCAAAUUGUUCAGAUAUAGAAAUUCCCGUCGAAGAAGAGGAAAAUGAGAAUGUAUUUGAUUCUUUCGAUUCAAACAAUAGUUUUAGUGAGGGCAGUGAUAGAGAACAGGAGUCUUUACGUGACCAAAUAGCUCAGUGGUCUAUCAAACAUAACAUAACAAAUGCUGCUCUAAACGAUCUGUUAAAAAUUAUCAGACAUAGUAUACCCAAUUUACCAAAAGACUGCAGAACAUUGAAAGAAACACCAAGAAUCUGCAAUAAAGAAACUAUUGAAGGCGGAACAUACAUACAUUAUGGGAUAGUUAGUUUCCUUAAUGAAUAUCUUUCACACAAUAAAAUUUGUGAAGAGGAAAUAUCUAUUAAUUUUAAUAUUGAUGGUCUUCCCGUUUCCAAAAGCUCGGGAUUGCAAGUAUGGCCAAUCUUAGGCAGUGUUAAAAAAGUUAUUUUUAUUGUGGGGUGUUUCGAGGGUUAUUCCAAACCAAAAAAUUCACAGGAAUUUCUAAAAGCUUUUGUGGAGGAGUUGAAGGUUCUCAUUUAUGAGGGAUUUACGUUUGAAAACAAAGUGUACAAAGUUUCAGUGGGCUAUUUUAUUUGUGACGCACCCGCCAGAGCAUUUGUGCUCAAUAUAAAAUCCCAUUCAGGAUUUUACUGUUGUCACAAAUGUCAAAUUCAAGGCGAAGUAAUAAAUCAUAAAAUGAUAUUUGAUAAUCAAAAGUAUCCAGAUAGGACUAAUUUUGAUUUCCGUAACAAAACUUUUCCAGAACACCACACAGUAUUAAGCCCUAAUGCUCUCGAAACACUCCCAAUAGACAUAAUAAACAAAUUCCCUUUCGAUUACAUGCAUGUGACAUGCCUAGGUGUGAUGAAAUCUCUAUUGAAAGCGUGGUGUAAGGAUAGGAAACAAAAUUAUUCGUUAUCUUCAGCAAACAUUUUAAUUUUAAACUCAGAAUUAUUAAAUAUCAAUUCCCACAUACCACGAGAAUUUAAUAGAAAGUCAAGGACCAUAAAAGAAUUGGACCGUUGGAAAGCAACAGAACACAGGUUAUUUUUGUUGUACACUGGGCCAACUAUUAUGUCAAAAUUUUUAAGUGCUGACAGAUAUAUCCAUUUUUUAAAGCUUAGUUUGGCCAUGAGGGUAUUAUUGGGUGAAAAUGAUCAACAGUAUUCCCUAGCAGAGAACCUAUUAAAUUCCUUUGUUGAAGAAAUACCUCAGCUUUACAAUAGUUAUUUUACAACAUACAAUUAUCAUUGCUUAACACAUCUGGCUAAUGAUGCUAAAUUGCUCGGUUCAUUAAACAGCGUUAAUGCGUUUGAAUUUGAAAAUUAUCUACAAGAAAUUAAAAGAUUUAUCCAUAAAAAAUCCUUCAUUGGCUCUCAAAUAUAUAACAGAAUGGCAGAAAAAAGCAAAUAUAACAUAAGAAAUUUUGAAGGCAACAAAAUUGAAACCAAUGUAUUUUUAUCGUUUUUGAAGACACAAAAUUACUACUUUUCAACUCAACAUCCGGACAAUUACAUUAUAUUUCAAAGUAAAGUAUUUAAAAUUGAUAGUAUUAUCGCAGAAGGAUCCGAAUACAUGUUUAUGGGAAAAGAAGUUUUAAAUUUAAGGGACCUUUUUGAGCUACCGAUGAAAUCAUCAUAUUUCAACAUAUUUUCGGCAAAUUCUAUAAAUUUUUCACAUGAGAUAUCUAAAAUAAAUGUUGUUUCUGUAACAAAAUGUUUAUGUUUACAUUUUAACAAUCAAUUUAUUUUUAUUCCAUUUAUCCACUAAGAAGACAAUGAAGCGUUCACACGAUUUUAAUAUAUUACUGGACAAUGAAGAACCUGAGUCCACAAAUAGUACAUAUAAAAGAGGUGAGAAAUUGGUAAUAAAAAAAUAUUAUAAAUAUGACAAUAUAAUUUUACUCAUUUAUCUUCAGAUAAACUAGAUAUAGUUUUAGAAAAACUUUCCAAUAUCGAAGUCAAAAUUACUAGCAACACAAACUUAUUGGGAAGACUAAC